CGCUCAUGCAGGAUGCUGAAAACGGCACACAAGAAACCGGCCUGCCAUGCGUGAGGCAUCAGUGUGCUCUCCAACCCAGGCAUUCUGCAGUGGUAGCACUCUGCGUUGUUUCAACACCGUAUAGGGCUGGUGGUGUAGCUAGAGGUUAAGAGCGUAGUGAGGGUGAUGCAAGCCAUCAGUUGGCCCAAGCCCGGGCCCGGACCGAUGAUCUUCCAGGGAGGGGAGGGGAGGGAAGGGCAGGGCGGGAAGUGCCGGACCUAGGCACGGCAGCAGGGGGUCUAACAAGUGCAAGCAGGGGCAGAAAUUAGGGGCUCAAGUGCUCGGUAGACAAUCUUAGACGAUCGUAAGCAUGACUGCUGUAGCCUUCUUUGUAGUAAAACCCGCAUUGUAUACCCCUGAAGAAUGCUAAGGCCCCUGCGGCUGUGUGUGAGUGCUGAGUACAGUUUAUCAGUCUGCUCCCCUUCUCGUAUUCCUGCAGCACUGCCUGCUCAGGUAAGUUGCAACCUCCGUGAUGCUUCCUGCAAUUCUCUCACUCACCCCCCUCCUCCCGCCUUCCCCAUCCCACGUCCAUGCCACCCCUCUGUCUUGUGUUCCUGUGCUCGUGUCACCUCGUGCACCCACCCUCCCCACCUCGUGCCACCAUCCCCCACCUCGUGCCACCAUCCCCCACCACGUGCCACCAUCCCCACCACGUGCCACCAUCCCCACCACGUGCCACCAUCCCAACCACGUGCCACCCUCCCCACCACGUGCCACCCUCCCCACCACGUGCCACCCUCCCCACCACGUGCCACCCUCCCCAUGACGUGCCACCCCCUAGCCUCUGCCUCUGUGUCUCUCAGCUGCACCCCCUGCUCCUCCCUGGGAGCCCCCUCACCCCGCCUCACCCACCCUCGCCACCCCCCCGCCUCCCGCUCCCUCCCGUCCUCCUCUCCUCACUCAGCAGCAGCAGCAGCAGCAGAAGCAGCAGUGUCACCACCAGCACCCGCAUCACCACCACCAGCACCACCACCGCCAUCUUCAGCACCACCAGCAGCGCCAGCAGCAGCAACAGCACCAGCAGCACCACCAGCAGCGCCAGCAGCAGCAUCAGCAGCAGCAGCAGCAGCAGCAUCAUCAGCAGCAUGCGGCUCCUCCUCCUCCUCCUCCUCCUCCUCCUCCUCCUCCUCCUCCUCCUCCUCCUCCUCCUCCUCCUCCUCCUCCUCCUCCUCCUCCUCCUCCUCCUCCUCCUCCUCCUCCUCCUCCUCCUCCUCCUCCUCCUCCUCCUCCUCCUCCUCAUCCGUGCCUCUCUGGCCCCACUCUGACCCCCACUCUCGACCCUCUCUCCCAUCGCCUCUCCCCGCAGUGAACCCCCAUUUCGGCCCCCACCACCAGCCACAGCCCUUCAGUGGGCCCGACUUGCAGCCGCUGCCCUCCGCUCUUCCCGCCUCCCACCCUCCAUCUGCUACCCCUCCCCCUGCCCCGCUUCCCCCUGUCAACCCUGCGGGACCCCCAGAUGAGAGAGGGAGGGGGAGCAAGGUGGGAGCAGAUGAGAGCAGGCAGAGAGAGGGCGAGCCAGAGCGCAGGGCGCAGCCAUCAGGGGAGGCGCAAAUGGUGGAGGUGGAUGCGCAGGGGUUGGGGCAGCAGGAGCAGGAGCAGGAGCAGGAGCAGCAGGAGCAGGAGCGGGAGCAGGAGCAGGAGCAGGAGCAGCAAGAGCAGCAGGAGCAGGAGCAAGAGCAGCAAGAGCAGCAGGAGCAGGAGCAGGAGCAGGAGCAGCAAGUGCAGCAGGAGCAGGAGCAGGAGCAGGAGCAGGAGCAGGAGCAGCAAGAUCAGCAAGAGCAGCAGGAGCAGCAGGAGCAGCAGGAGCAGCAGGAGCAGCAAGAGCAGCAAGAGCAGCAGGAGCAGCAGGAGCAGCAAGAGCAGCAAGAGCAGCAGGAGCAGCAAGAUCAGCAAGAGCAGCAGGAGCAGCAGGAGCAGCAGGAGCAGCAGGAGCAGCAAGAGCAGCAAGAGCAGCAGGAGCAGCAGGAGCAGCAGGAGCAGCAGGAGCAGCAGGAGCAGCAGGAGCAGCAGGAGCAGCAGGAGCAGCAGGAGUACGGUAGGGUGCAUGGGGCUGGGAGGGAAGGGCGGGAAGUGGGGGUGGAGGAGGGGGGUUUAGAGGAGGCGGAGGAGGUGGUGCGAGUGGAGCUGGGGGCCGAGGAGGAGUUAAGGGGAACAGAGUGCAGCGCUGGGGUGCAGGGCAUUGUGCAGGGAGGGGGAUGUGCGGAAGGGGGAUGUGCGGAAGGGGGAGUGGUGAAUAGUGUUAGGGAGAAGGAGGUGGUUGUUUCUGCAGUGAAGGAUGGGCGGGGAGGAGAGAGCGGAGAGAGAGGGGGCAGAGCGGUUUGUGCAGGGGCAGUGAGUCACGACUGCAUGGUGAAGGAGGAGGGUGGAGAUGCGAUGGAGGAGGUGAGAGUGAGUGAGGAGAGGGAAGUGAGUGAGGAGGGAGAGAGAGCAAGUGAUGAAGUAGGAACGGAUUUGAGGCAGGCAAAGGGAAUGGAACAAGGACAGCAGCAGCAGCAGCAGCGGCAGCAACAGCAGCAGGAGGAGGAGGAGAAAAGACUUGAGCAAGUGAUUGUAGGGGUGCUAGGCAGCAAUGGCAGAGGUGGCAGCAGCGGCAGCGGUGGUGAUUGGGAGGGCGGCAGUGGCGAUGGUGGUAACGGGGGCGGCAUGGUUGGCAACGAGGGCGGUGCUGGCACACAUGCAGGGCCCACUGCUGCCAUCCCUGCCACAGCCCGUGUGACCCACACCCCGCCUGCAACCCCUGCCGCUCUAGGCUCAUCUGCAGCACCUGCACAGGCUCGCCCUGUGCCUGGCGCUGCAGGGUCGACACUGGACAAGGCAGCUGCUUGGGCUGCAUCAGACGCCUCUGCUGCUCCUGGCACCGCUCUCAGCUCACAUGCCCUCCCCAGCAGUGGUACGACCCUUGAUGCAGCCGCUGCAGGAGAUAGGAGAGUUAUGGAUGAAGGAGGAAGGAUAGGAGACAGCCAAGGAAAGAAGGCAGCACCUGCUGCAAGUAGCGCCACCAAUACUUAUGUUGCAAGCAGCAGCAGCGUCAGUGCCAGCAGUGGCAUUGGUAGUGGUGGUGUGGCUGCUGUUGCUGCUGGUGCUGGCAGUGGGCAGGCAGCAGUGAGGGCAGCAGUGGAGGUGCCGGCAGCGCGUGGAAGGAAAGGGAGGAAGAAGAAGAAAGGCCUUGUGGUAACAACUGCAGCACCACCAUCAGCGGCAGCGGCAGCAGCAGUAGCGGCGCCAGCAGCAGCAGCGGCGCCAGCAGCAACGGCGCUAGCAGCAGUGGCAGGGGCACCAGCAGCAGCGGCAGAGGCACCAGCAGCAGCGGCAGGGGCAGAGGCAAUGAAAGCAUCCAUCAAGUCGGUGCCUAGCUCCGACUCUUUAAACGGCUGGGAGCUCUGACUCCUCCUCUUGCAGAGAGCCAACCAUCCAGAGGAGCCCUGCAGAUUCUCCUUCCUCCCUGCGGUUCUGGCAUUCGAGCCAAGACCGUAGGGGAGCUAUGGCAUACAUAAUGGCCGGGCAUGGCUGUGUGGCAUGGUGCUCCCACGACCGAGCCACCUGCCGGUGCUCUCUGACCCUGAGUGCACCUUGUACACACAUUGCGAGCACUGCACUUGGGUCUGUAACGCUACUCCACAUUGCUCGGGACAGAUAAAUUACAGGUUAUAGA